UCUCAUCUCUUCUUCAUUGUUCUUCCCCAAUCCAAACCCCAACCAUUUUCCUCCACACACACACUCAGAUACACAAAUCCUUCCAACAAUAUUCUAUACCCGCUUCCCAAUUCUCAUUGCAUUUCACAAUCAUUAUUCUUACUCUCUUACUACCUCCAUCAAUGGCUUCCACCUCCUGUUUCCUUCACCACCACGCCCUCACCGCCGCCGCAAGAUCCUCGUCUUCCCCACGCCAGGCCGCCCUGCCCAAGUCUCCCCAGCUGCUCGUCUGCCGUGCCCAGAAGCAGCAACCCGCUCAGGAGGAGGAAGGCGGUGUUGUCUCUCGUCGAUUGGCUCUCACUGUCCUCAUCGGCGCCGCUGCUCUUGGCUCCAAGGUUUCUCCGGCUGAUGCUGCUUAUGGAGAAGCUGCCAAUGUGUUUGGAAAGCCAAAGUCCAACACAGAUUACUUGCCAUACAGUGGAGAUGGAUUCAAGCUUUCAAUUCCUUCUAAGUGGAAUCCAAGCAAAGAAAGGGAAUUCCCAGGCCAAGUUCUUAGAUAUGAAGACAACUUUGAUUCCAACAGCAAUCUUAGUGUAAUUAUCAACCCAACUGACAAAAAAUCCAUCAAAGACUUUGGCUCCCCUGAAGAAUUCCUUUCCAAGGUUGACUAUUUGCUGGGAAAGCAAGCUUACUUUGGAAAGACUGCUUCUGAGGGUGGGUUCGACCCGGAUGCAGUAGCAACAGCAAACAUAUUGGAGGCUACAGCGUCCAACGUGAAUGGAAAGGACUACUACUUCGUAUCUGUGUUGACAAGAACUGCAGAUGGAGAUGAAGGUGGGAAGCAUCAGCUGAUCACAGCAACUGUGAAUGAUGGAAAGCUUUACAUUUGCAAGGCACAAGCAGGAGACAAGAGGUGGUUUAAAGGAGCAAGGAAGUUUGUGGAGGGUGCAGCUAGUUCUUUCAGUGUUGCUUAAGAAGAGAGAGAGCAAUGUUGUUUGAUUAGUAAUGUGAGCGAGAGAGAGAGAGAGAGAGGUGUUUGUUGUAUAUUUUGGAGAACAUUACCUUAACCAAUGAAAGGGAUUGUCAAUGUGUUGUGUUGAGAUGUUCAUGACCUUUAUUUUUUUGGUUCUCCAUAAAAUUGUUUUAAGGGUUGGGUGAAUGAAGCUUUUAGAAGGAAGGAGAUAUUUCUUAUUCUCUU